AUGUUUACUAAGGGGCGAAGCCAGAGAUCAGGGAAUGCCAAGCGCUCAAAUAAGAAGUUGGGAUCAUCCUCCCAGUCUGAGUGGUCAGAUGGGACCUGCUCGGCGUUUCUUCUCAAAGUAGUCGACCAGCAGGCCGUGGGCCAGGUGCAGUCUGCAGAGUCAGAAGCUAAGAUUGUCUCCCAGUACAGUGAACUGGUUAAUGAAGCCAAACAACAGUUCCAGAGGGAAGUAAGCAGCCUCACUCCAGAGAUCCAGGCCAACUGGAAGGGGCUCACUGGUAAACUGUCAGUGGAUGACCUGAACUCCCUGAUCGCCCACGCACACCGCCGCAUUGACCAGCUGAAUCGAGAGCUGGCUGAGCAGAGAGUCAGAGAGCAGAUCCACAUUGAUGUGGCGCUGGAGCAGCAGAAGCUGGAGGACCAGAAAGCCCUGGAGAAAGCGGUUGGCACCGCCCUGCAGCACAUCAAGGAGGAGACCCGGCUGGAGCAGGAGAGGAAGCUGUCUGAGUUAAGGGAAGUUAUGGAGGCAGAGAUGAGGACUCAGCUUCGCCGUCAGGCGGCAGCUCACACAGACCACGUCCGAGAUGUCCUCAAAGUCCAGGAGCAGGAGCUAAGAGCUGAUGCUGAGCAGGUCCUGAGCAGCAAGAUGCUGGAACAGGAGACCCGCUACCGUCAGCUGAGCCAGGAGCAGCUAGAUAACUUCACCCUGGAUAUGAACACUGCCUACGCGAGACUGAAGGGGAUGGAGGAGGCCAUAGACAGCCAUGUGGUAGCAGAGGAGGAGGCCCGUAAAGCCCACCAGCUCUGGCUCUCUGUGGAGGCUCUCAACUACACUUUAAAGACUGCUGAAGCUGAGGUCCCCACCAUCCCACUAGAGGGCGCUGCUCAGGCUGUGCGAGACAGCUGCCAUGACAACGACUUUGCAUUGGCUCUGUCAUCGGCUCUCCCAGAAGAAUCCCUGCAGCGCGGCGUGUACAGCGAGGCCUCCCUCCGUGCCCGAUUCAACUCCCUGCGAUCGCUGGCACGCCGGGUCGCCCUCAUCGACGAAUCUCACAACUCCUUAUACCAGUAUUUCUUGUCCUACCUUCAAGCUGCGCUGCUGUUUGAAGAUAAACAGGAAGCCCCACCCACCCAGCUGUGCAGUGAGGACUUAGACCCAUUCAAGCUUCUGUCUUAUGCUAGCUACUGCUUAGAGCACGGUGAUCUGGAGUUAGCAGCUAAACUGGUGAAUCAGUUGAGAGGAGAGGCCAGGAGAGUGGUGGAGGACUGGCUGACUGAAGCCAGACUCACACUGGAAACCAGGCAGGUAGUCAAUUUGCUGUCUGCUUAUGCAAAUGCUGUGGGGUUAGGAACCACCCAGGCUCCGUAGGCUGCCACGCUCAUUGAACCUCUCCCCCUGUGUAGGCUUGACAGUCUCACAAGAGACUUCCACUGGUGUAUUCCCUGAAGUUAACCAAGUGAUGGAUGUUCAUAUGCAACAUCAGAUUAUUUGUUUUAAAGCACUAAGUCACUGUGGAUGAUGAUUUGUAAAAUAUAACUGAUGCACCCCCUCAAUCUCGUCUCGUCAGUUCGGUCCCACACUUUUGCUUCAGGUAUUUAUUUUUGGCUAAUUUCUUUUCUUUUUUUGUCAAGUGUUGUGGAAAAUGAAUCCGAACAUUGAUUAAAGAAUUUUUCAUGCUGCAUUUUAUUUCUGUCAAUACUGCACGUGUACAAUAAAUCAUGAACAAUAA